AUGGCGCAGCGGCAACCGCAGCAGGCACCCGUACGCAAGCGCAUAACGCCACAAUUGGUUCACCCUUUAGAUCCGGGCGACGCCUCGCCCGCCGACGCCGCUGGGGCCGUGUCGUCAGCGGUGUCGGUCUGGCGCAUUGCGCCCGCCGUCGCGCCUGCAGACCCUGACGCAUUCUCUAAGCUGGGCCCAGGCAGGCGAAUAUAUGUGGAUCUGGAGGCUUGCGGCCACAUAGCGGACUGGCGGGCGCUGCUACGCAAGCGAGGCGUGAGCCUAAAGGCGCAGCAGCAGGGGGUGAUCGAGGCGCAGGAGCACCACCAGCAGCAGCAACAGGGCCAGCAGAAUCCACUACAGCCGGCGCCAACAGGCCUAGCCUCGCCCCGCGGAGCGGCCAUAAGCUCGGAUGAGGAAGGCGACGACGCGCGGAGCGACAGCGAAGGGAGCGGCAGCGGUGGCAGGGACGCGGAGCAGGGGUCGGCUGAGGAGGACGGGGAAGGCAGCGGCGACUCCAGCAGCGGGCAGGACAGCGACUCAGACCCGGCCGGCGCAGCGGCCGGCGGCGAGGGCGCUGGGGCCGCCGCCGCGGCAGGCGGCGGCGCCGGCGCCGACAAGGGCGGCCGGAAGCGGGGCAAGGGCGGGGGCGAGUACUUGAAGGAGGGCUUUGUUGCGUACGAUGACGACUUCAUUGAUGAUUCCGAGGUUGUGAUGUACAAGGGCAGCAAGAGGGCCAAGGCCAAGUACUCGGGGUUCUUCGUCAGCACGGUGUGA